AUGCUGCGCACAGCAGCUCAAAGCUGAACUCUGCAGUAGGGCUACCAUGGGUUUUGCCCAAAAACCUCGGGCAGAAACACAGCCACAUGUGCUGCACAGCUGCACAGCACAUGGCCGGGCCGGCCGCACACGUGCUGGGCACCAUCGUGCCCGGCGCAGGUAAAGAGAGCAGCUUGGGAGAGGCUGACUUGCAGUCGAGCUCCGACCCCUCGGGAAUGGACAACAGCUACCUCAGCGUGAAGGAGGCCGGGGUGAAAGUCCCCCAGGACAGGGCCAGCACUGACCUCCCCAGCCCCAUGGACAAGGCCGACUCGGAGAGCAACAAGGGGAAAAAGCGGAGGAACCGCACCACCUUCACCAGCUACCAGCUGGAGGAACUGGAGAAGGUCUUCCAGAAGACGCACUACCCUGAUGUCUAUGCCAGGGAACAGCUAGCCAUGAGGACAGACCUCACCGAGGCUCGAGUGCAGGUGUGGUUUCAGAACCGGCGAGCCAAGUGGCGCAAGCGGGAGCGCUUCGGCCAGAUGCAGCAGGUCCGCACGCACUUCUCCACCGCCUACGAGCUGCCCUUGCUCACCCGCGCCGAGAACUACGCCCAGAUCCAGAACCCCUCCUGGAUUGGCAACAAUGGCGCCGCCUCCCCUGUGCCUGCCUGCGUGGUCCCCUGCGACACGGUGCCCUCCUGCAUGUCCCCCCACGCUCACCCCCACGCGGCCGGCGGCGUCUCCGACUUCCUCAGUGUCUCUGGCCCUGGCAGCCACGUGGGACAGACUCACAUGGGCAGCCUCUUCGGUACGGCCGGCAUCAGCCCGGGCCUCAACGGCUACGAGCUCAACAGCGAGCCGGACCGCAAGACCUCCAGCAUCGCUGCCCUGAGGAUGAAGGCGAAGGAGCACAGCGCCGCUAUCUCCUGGGCGACAUGACAGGGUUGCAACCCAGCGCCCUCGAGACACUGGGCGAGCAAACGAGGACAGCCGAGAAACAUCCAUCCGCUUGGACUCCAGACAGCCAUUUCCUCCUUGGGGAUCUGAACGCAGCACUUUUAGCUACCCUAGGUAUAUAAAGUACAUAUGUUAACCUAAGUGGAGUG